AUGGUAAUCGAAACGGCCACAGCAGCCGUACGGCGGCACAAGAAGGAUCGUUCGAGCAUCGGAACGAAGAGUUCGGACCGGGCUAGCAUCGGUUCGAAGACCUUGAGCUUCCACCAAAAGAAGGGCAGGUUUGCGGCAGGGAUCGGGCACAGCCCUAGGUCGGAUCAGCUCGACCGGAUCCGUAAGAAUGCGCUCGAAGACUUCACGCGAGCUACUCACAAGAGGUCCCAAUCGGUGCACCAGAUGGCCGCCAUGUACGCCAGCACGUCCUCCGACAAGUCAUCCAACGCUGACGGAAUCAAGCAGCAGCAGCAGGGAGACGCCUGGCUUCCCGGGGGCAACACCAAGGGCCUCGGCGGUCUCGUGAGCGCUUUUGCGAGCGAUGGCGGCGGCAGAUCGCUGGAGUCGGUUGCCUUGGAAGCGCAAGGCGAAUUGAGCGAGGAGGAGAUACCCGCCAUUCGUGAGGAGGCAGGAGAGGAGCCACAGUCCCUUUCGCCACCGCCGAAGCUGUCAGAGCGGUCUCUCUCCCAACCGAAUCCUGAGGCGACGAACUACUCCGUCUUCAGCAGCACCUCGGACGUGCGAGCUCGGGAUCUGAAAAAGACUCAUCUGGACGAGGCGCGCAACCUCACCAGCAACCGGGCCCGCAAGGUCAAGGACAUCGCCAGCGGGUUCAAGGGCGAAAGCAGGCCCGAAAAUGUGGAGGUUUUCCACAAGAGGCACAAGGAGCAGGAGGCUGACUACCGUCAUAAGGUGCACCAAGGGAAAGAGACUCUCAAGAAGACCUCGCAGGGCACCGACGCCAUGUACAACUUCGUGCUGAAGCUUAACCUAGCCACAACGGAGGGCAAGGAGCGCUUCAUGAAGAAGUGGGCCAUCGGCAGGAUCGCCAACGGAGAGUCGAUCAACCCCCGCGAGGGCUGGAAGUUCUUGAAGAGCCUGGGCAUCGACGUGCCCAAGCCAAGAUCGCCCAAUGCCGCCACCGACUUCGCAAGGCCGGGUUCCCCGUCUGAGAAAGAUAUCACCACCGCCCAAAGCGCCCCCAACAAGCAGACGACUACCGGCAUGAUCACGCCCGCCGCCGCCUCUCGCGGGAGGGGACGGACAGGAAACACCCCCGCUACCGCAGGCGGUUACGGCAGGCCCGGAGGCGGCGGCGGCGGCUUCGCCGUCGGUGACGCGGCCAAGCAGGAGUCUGCCGCGUGGGAGGUGGCCAUGUCCCAAGCGGUUGGGGCGGUGGUGAAGGUCGAUGCUGACGCCUGCGCCCCUAAGCUUGGAUUAGAGCGACGGAGAAGGUCUGGCUCGGAACCGCGCAGGACCCCCAGCGACCUCCCUCGCGCCCCCGACACGUGCCGCGCUCCGAAGACGAAGCCCUUCUUCUUUUACAGCGGUGGCGGCGGCGGCUCGGACGUCAAGGCCGCUCCGCCCUCUCCGCUGCCGCCCGCCCCCAUGAGCGACAACGGCGAUUGCCUGCUUGAGCAGGACGAAGCGGACGACUUCGGAGACGGCGGAAGCCGGGGAUUUUCCGGCGCUGGGCUUAGCCUUAGCCCCGCGGGAUCUGUAACGGGCGGACUCGCUUUGAACAUGAAGCUGUGGCGGCAGGAGGGAGAGGGGGGCGAUGGGGUCGGGGGCCGAAGGCCGCAGUCCCAGGCGUUUGACAGCCGGGGUCCCUCGCUGGAUAGCUUGAGGGCCUCGGUUUCGUCAUCGAGGAUGUCGCUGUCUCCGUGCCGGAGCCUAUCUCCGCCAAGGGGCGGGCGAGCAGGUGUGCGCAUCUCGCUCAACCCGCGGUAUGAGUCCCCCGGGCGCUUCAACCUGUCUCCUGGGAGGAGGUCGAACGGCCGGUCUCCUCUGACCCCGACGGCAAUGGCCGACCGGAGCGCCGCCGCCGCGCUGUCAGCCAAGGUGUCGUGGGAUGCCACGGGGCCCCCACCGGCCCCUGAGGGUCUCCAGCUUCCCACCCGUCUAUUUGUUGGAGGCGGGGAAGAGAACAAGGGUGAUGGUAUAUCUUGCUCUGGCUCGGAGGAGAGGUUCGAUGGAAACCCCGCGGAAGGGUUUGACAUGGGAGGGAAGGAGGCGUUGCUCGACGCGGGGUGGGGGGAGAGCGGCGGCGAUGCGGGCAAGAUGGUUCUCGAGAUCAGUCGCGACGACGAUGAUGAUAACGAGGGGGAGGAAGGGGGCAUUCGGGCGUCCUUUGCAAGCAGCGAGUUCCAUGAAGCCAGGGGACUGUCCUUGGUGAGCCGUGGCUUCCGUGAAGAUAGCGGGGUGUCCAUGGCAAGCAGCGACUACGAGGAAGCCAGGGAAGUUUCCCUUGCUAGUCCCCAGGAGACUCAGGCGAAGGCCGAGCGCCUGUCCGCUGUGAGCGCGAUCGUUGGCGCUGGAACUCUCUCGGACGACGAGGAGGAAGACGAUACGGAGCAGGAGGAGAAGGAGGAGAUCAAGGGAGACGAAGAUCCCGCGGAGGAGGUUGGAUUGACGGAGGAGAAGCAAGAAGAAGAGGAGGUUGGAGUGAAGGAGAAAGACGAAAAUCUGAAGCAAGAACAGGAGGAGGUUGGAGUGAAGGAAGAGGAAAACCAAGAUCCGGAGCAAGAAGAGGAGGAGGAGAAGGUAGACACGAAGGUUAAGGGAGGCGAAGAUCUCGCGGAGGGGGUUGGGGUGAUGGAGAAAGACGAAGAUCCGGAGCAAGAAGAGGAGGAGGUAGGAGCUAAGGAGGAAGACGAAGGCGUCAACACCAGCCCGAGCUCGAGCCAAGCGUGUACCGCCUCUGCUGCGGAGUGCCCGCCUACGCCCGAAUUCGCCAUCGCCAUCGCACCGGACAGCGCUACUUCGGAGGGAGAACCGAACCCGCAAGAGCAGGAUGGCUUGUCGGCAACGGUACACAUUGUCGCUGACGAUGAGGGCAGCACCAGUGGUGCAAAGGAGAAAGACGAUGCGGCGGAGAUCAGCGCUGUGAUGGACGAUAUCGCGAGGAUGGACGAGCAGAGCAUUCUCCUGGAUGCCGAGACGGCCCUGAUGGCAAUCUCUAUCGACAGCGGGGACGACGUCGCUGAGGCGGCCGGGGGUGGCGCGAGGUCAUCGUUGGACGACAGCGGGUAUGCUCCCGAUGCGGAAAUGAACCCUCCUUCACUGGCGGGUGUCGACGAUGAUGCCCCCGCCGGUCCUGCUCGCGACGCCGACCCGCAGCUGGCCGCCGAACGCGGUUCUUUCGACCCUGCUAGCGCCGGAGAAGAGGAAGGCCCGUCUGACGUGGAGGGGGAGACGGCUACUGGCGACGAACGGCGAGUUUUGGCUUCCCCAGUGGCUAGUGACCACGACGAUGACGACUAUGGCGGCGGUUAUGUCCCUUCGGGUGGAGAGGACGAGGAAGAAUGCGGGAGGAGGAGGGGCGGCGAGUCCACCGGCGGCGUCGACGCUGCCGUGCGCGAGACCCUCGACAACUUGGCCGCCGGGGUGGCCAUCCUGGCCGGGGGGGACGAGGAGGAGUGCGACGAGCUCCUUGGUUGCGACGAGGUGCUCUCGGAACUGCAGUCGGAGGAUGGUGAUGCCGGGGAGGGUACAGUCGGAGACGCGGCCAGGGAAGAUAGUGCCGAAGAGGAGGGUGCGGCUUCGGAGGACGGCGGGGGCGAGGAUGAGGAUCCGGGGGUGCGUGGCACGAAGGAAGCGGGCGGGGACGGUGCAGGAGAUGUCGAUGCCGGCGGUGCUGUGGUGGAAGAACACGCGCCGUUGGCGGCGAAGGAACUGGCGGGAGAGUCUGUUCGGACUGGUCUGCACAAGCGCCUCAAGAUCGCGGUCGGGUCGGAGCUUCAGGAGGAAGAGCCGCCUGUGCCCCGGCUGCACUGGGGGGUGAACCACAUCGCCAUGGACAGCCCGCUCACCCCUUCCCGGUAUGACGAUGAGAGAGCACCUUCGACCAGCUCACUCUCCCCUUGCCGCCAGGAGUUCACCGGACUGCUGCUCGAAAAAGGUUCGGAAAGCGCCGGCUCUACCGGCGCUCUCACGAUCGAGCCCGGCCUGCUCGGCAACAGCAGCAACGGCGGAGCGAACGAUUCGUUCGAGGAGGAGACUCGGGUGUCCUCACCCUGGAGGGGAGACCCGGAGCGACUCAUGAGCCCUCUGUCACCGUUCAGUGUCGACUCCUCGCCUGAUGCCCUCGAAGAGUCGGAGCUAACCAAGCCCAACAAGUUGUGGGGGGGUCGCCUGAGCGUGCUUUCGGAGGGCGGCGAGUCGAGGCUCUCUCGCGAGUCACGGGGCUCCGUCGAGUCCAACGUCACCUUGGUUGCUGGCGAUGAUACGGCGGGGCCCCACGAGGGCCGCCGCACGACCGGGGGCACGGAAGAACAAACCGCCUCUCCGUCCUCGCAACGUGCUUCCACGGAGCCCCUUCCCCCUCCUUCUUCUCCUGCAGCAGCUUCUCCUGCCGCUGUUGGUGCAACCUCUUCCCCCGCUGUCGGUGGGGAUGGCACGGCCGUGCCUCAGCAGGACACCGCCGGUAGCCCAACUGGGCGAGAGGAAGAAGACGGCCGCGGUGGUGGGGCGGGAGAGAAGAAGCAACUGGUGACGCCACCGUCGUCGUCGCUCGAGCCCCGCAGGGCGCCGGAGGCCGCCGUGGAGACCCCGCUGCCCGGCACGCCGCCCGUGGGGGGGUCAUCCCCCCAGUCGAAAUUGAACGUGUCGGCGUCGACCCCGACCUCCUCGUCGCCGGUUGAGAGCUCGGUUGUGGCUGACGUCUUAGCGGAGGAGACGUUAGCGAUGGGGUCCGAUGUGUUGGCGGGCGGUUCGACGAGGUUGUCGGAGGUUGCGGCGAAGGAUGGGCUGGUGGAUGAGGGUGGACACUACUGCUGUGAGGAAGGAGACAAGGGGCUCGCGGUUGAAAGCGUGGAGUCUGUGCCGAGUGGGCUAGUGGUCGGUGUUGUGGCGGAGGGUGGAGACUGUGAGGAAGAAGAGAAGGGGCUGGCCGACGAAAGCGUGGAGGCUGUGCCGAAUGGGCUAGUGUCCGAGGGCGGAGACUGUGAGGAAGAAGAGAAGGGGCUGGCCGAGGAUAGCGUCGAGGCUGUGCCGAGUGGGCUGGUGUCCGAGGGCGGAGACUACGAGGAAACUGACAAGGAGCUGGCUGUGGAAAGCGUGGAGGCUGUGCCGAGUGUGUCCGAGGGCGGAGACUGUGAGGAUGAAGACAAGGCGCUGGCCGUUGCAAGCGUCGAGGUUGUGCCGAGUGAUGGGCUGGUGUCCGAGGGCGGAGACUGCGAGGAAGAAGACAAGGGGCUGGCCGAAAAAAGCGUGGGGGCUCCGGAAGCCCUCAGGCUUGACGACAUGCCCAACCCGUACGAAGACUUCGACGAGCUCCACGACCGCGACUACUACACCGCUCGCACCGUCCAGCUGGACUGCAAGACCCCGGGAGACAUUUUCAACUUCUGUCGGCCCCGCUCCGGCACCGUCUACCAGAGCGCUAGUGGAUCAGGCCCCGGCUUCUUCUCUGACGCUGACAGCGGUAACGUUGUCGGGGAGGCUAUUAACAACGGUAGCAUUGUCGGGAAGGCUAGUUGCCAACAAGAGGAUUGUGGCCGACGUGGGGCACCUGCGGAUGAGCCUCCUAAGGGGGGUUGCACGAUUUCGUGA